AUGACCCGAGAGACAUCUACAGAACCACCAAAGCCAUCCAAGCGGAAGGGUACUCGCAGCGUGUCGACACUCACGCCCACGCAACUUGCCCGGAAACGGGCCAAUGACCGGGAAGCCCAGCGCGCAAUCAGGCAACGCACAAAAGAGCACAUCGAGCGGCUGGAGAAGGAGUUGGAAGAGUACAAGAACCGACAUAGCCGGGACGAGACUAUCAACCAGCUCCAGAUGAGGAACCAUGCGCUGGAGAGAGAGGUGUUCAGUUUGCGCGAAGAACUCAAACGCUUCAAUCAUAAUAUGUUUUCACCACCCGGUAUAUCCCAGCCAUCAGCUCUUGCCUGUCCAUUUCGAGCUUCCAUUCUAACCACACCAGCCCCAGGCUUUGAGGCACCCGAUCUGCUACCCGCCGGUCACGCCGGCAUUCCUAGCCGGCCUCCGCCAUUUGGCCAACCAUCCAACGACUACAACUCGGCGCCGCAGACCUUCACAUUUGUGCCCACGACAGAGGAACAAUGGCCCUCUGGGGUGUCAGUAUCUUCGGUUCCAGUGUCCUCCGUCUCGGUUCCCUCGGUCGUUUCCAGCCCUUGCUCUUCCCCGAGCCACCCCGACGAAGCCUUCAUCCCGGCCUAUAUCCCGACCAGCAUGCCGACCAUGAUGGAAGGGAAUGUGAUCACGCCCACUUCUAUGCCGUGCAUGGAUGCUGCCGCUACGAAACUGGAGUUUGAACAACGAGAUAUUGAUCCAGGUACAACGACGAGCCGUGGGCGCCGAUCAUAUUUCAGAAUCAUGGCCAAACGCUAA